UGUACAACAGCACAUCGGAGCUGGACUGAAUAACACUGGUAGCAGACGGCCACUGUUACAUUGGUGGCAACGCUGUGAUCGCUACUUUGGUGGCAGUGUUGGAACGGAUAGAUAGAGACUGUACACCUCUCAGAGAACAAACGCUAAGUCUAACAACACCAGCAGAAGAUCACACCAGUGCAGGAGCAGAAGUGAGAACUUGUCGUCUGCUCAGAAGUGUUUUGUCGUCUGCUUCACAAUGCGAGAGCUGUAUAACUUAUGUUGUGUGUGUUUCCUGGUGUCAUGGGAUGAUUAUGUGAUAUGUUGCUGCUGACAUACAAACUUUAAUCAGAAAAUGUGGAUCUAAUGGCAAUAUUUUUAUGUGGAUAAAUUUCCGUUUUUGGUAAUGAAGUCGAUUCGGAAGACAAAUUACGAAAGAUAUCAUUGAAGUGUUGACAUAAAGUGAUAACAUGUUGAAGAGUGUGAAAUGUGGUAUUGAUGGAUUUAUGAUACAAGCCAUAUUCUGAUCACACUCGUAUGAUUGACUUCGGAUUACUUCCUUAUAUAUCUUGGAGAAGUCAUCUGCUGCAAGGCAUCUUGUGUCCAUGUGUGAUUCGAGCAGAAUAUUCCUCUCACAUUCAUUUAUUGAUGUGUGGAUCUAUGAAAAAAUCGCCUGAAAAGCCCUCAGCACAGCAAUCAGCCAUCAGACAAACAAGUUUUUUGUCAUCUUUAUGGGAUUUUUACCACAAGACCUUCAACAAACACGGGUUUUGCAGAGCUGUGUUUUGGAUCAAGCCCUGAGGUUGGACUGAAUCUCUGUGAGUUACUCUAUGACAGGGAGAAGAUGCACUAUAAUCUUCCUUGAACCAGGAAACCAGAUUUGCCUGCUAAGAUCACCGGGACUCAUAUCAGCCUAUCAUCGCAGAGAUUCACCAUCAACUAUUACAGAGAACAUUUGUCGCCCCCAUUGAGAUGGCUAUCAGCAUGUAGGCAGCCAAGUUGUGAAUUACUGUGCUACCCCCCACCUGUCUACAACCCCAUGAGCUAUGCUGCCUGGCUUGAUUGACAGCUGGUGACAAAGUGGCACAGUACCAGAUCACAGAGUGCAUCAAAGCACACUGAUGACUAGUUUUGCAAGACUCGUCGCUGACUUGUUUAGAUAGAGGAAUGGUCUCUGGAUCCAUUAAGCAAGAUUCAAAUGAAAAUCAUCAAAUAUUACCGAAAAGCUGGGCGCUGGAUUCGGCUUGGAAAGCGAUGCACAUCCCUGGGCAUAAUUCUGUCUCUAUGGAUUACUACCAUUUUUAUGUUUGAUACAAUCUCCGACACAUCCAAGAUGGAAGAUGGUGAAAAUGGAGAAUUCUAUUCCUCGAAAAGUUCUAUAAGGAGUUCUCAAAUUGAAAAAUUUCUCCCCAAAUCAAAUUCCUCUUUUAUUGGAUCCACCAAUUCUCCUGAUCGGAAAAUUGCCUCGGAAAAAGCCAUGGAAAUCCAGCAGUUGUAUCGAGGUGCCCUUCGAAAAAUUGAAUCCAUUGGGUUCGAUCGGGAUAAAAUUCGAGGUUACCAUGAAAUCAGCAACAAAGAGCGAUUUGUAAAUAGCAGAGGUGUGGCUGGGUCUAAGAAAAGGAUAUUAAUAGCAAAUGAAGUUGUAAAUAAAAAGAAAUUUGUGUUAUCUAAAUCUUCAGGGGAUGAUCAAUCACCCAGUAAAACCCCUAGAAGUAAUAAAUGUAUCCACGCAGCAGAUUCCCAAAGAUGUGAGGAAAGUCCCGAAUAUCAAACUUUACCUAAAACAUCACCACACCAGUCCCCAACACAGACACGCAGCGGUCGAGUUACUGUGAAAAAAAAUUCUCCAAUUUCUUCCCAAACUCAAGGGAAAUCACUUGAAGAAACAGUGGAAUCUAACACGGAAGUAAAUAUAGAAUUUUACGAGAAAACACAGGAUAAAGAACGGAUAAAGAAACUGGAAAAUGAAGGCUUCCUUGGCUUUUCUUAUAAUGUUUCUGCCAGUGAUGGGCUAGAUUUGAAUCGAACCCUCCCCGACACAAGCCCUAGAAGUUGCCCCCAUGUGCCUCUAUCCCAGCUCCCCACUGCCAGUGUCAUCAUCUGCUUUCACAACGAGGCUGCGUCCGUGUUGCUGAGGACAGUCAGCAGCGUCAUCAUGAGGUCAACACCAUCACUGUUGAAGGAGGUCAUACUAGUUGAUGACAACAGCACUAAAGGCAACAUUGAUGAACUGCUGAUGACACUGCAGCAGUGGCCAAAGGUUUCCCUGAUUCGGACAGUUGGACGUCAGGGACUUGUGCGUGCUCGCCUCCUUGGAGCAUCCCAGGCUGUUGGACAGGUGUUGGUGUUUCUCGACUCUCACUGUGAGUGCAAUGUCAACUGGUUACCUCCCCUGCUCCAGGCCGUCCAUCAGGACGCAACCAAGGUCGUCAGCCCCUAUGUUGAUGCUAUCCGAGCUGACAGCUUUGACUAUGUCCCUGCUCCGGACAAUCUCCACGGAGGAUUCACUUGGAGGAUGGAGUUCAUCUGGAAGGGAAUACCUCCCAAGGUCAUGGACUCAAGGUCAUCGCCAGCUCAGCCAAUCAGAACCCCGACCAUCAGUGGAGGACUGUUUGCCAUCAACCAGGAAUACUUCUUCAAGAUCGGUUCCUAUGACGAGGGACUGGACAUCUGGGGUGGAGAGAACUUAGAACUAGCUUUCCGGGUGUGGAUGUGUGGUGGCUCCAUGGAGAUCAUUCCGUGUUCCCGGGUGGGGCAUGUGUUCAGGAACAUCCUGCCUUACAAGUUCCCCUACAGACAGUCGCCGCACCAUCCUCCUGGAACAUGUGAAUCACCAGAUUUUCCCCGUGACCUUGACCUUGGUGAUAUUUCUGAGCGGCAGAGUCUCCGACAGAAGUUGAAGUGUCAGUCAUUCCAGUGGUACCUGGACAACGUCAUACCAGAGAUGCUGGUGCCUCCGCAAGAAGCUCAACAGUAUGGAGAGUUCAGGAAUCAUGCUUCUCUCACCUGUCUCACUGCAUCACCAGACCAGACCAGAAUGAACCAGACCAAACUGCAUCUCACUGGUUGUCUUGGACAAUCAGAUGCUCAGCUAUUUUAUUUGACGGGAGAUGGGUACCUGCACCAUGGCAACAGGUGUGUGGUUGCCGGGGAGAAGAAGAUGGUUGGUCUGGGACCGUGCAGUCACCACACCUGGGAGGCAAAUAGUCAGCACCUUAGUCUGCGAGGCACUGAACUCUGUCUGACGGCGGAGGAUAACGAGUAUUUGGUUUUGUCCGAGUGUAACCGUAACAGUGACGCACAGAUGUGGGAUGUCUCGUAUAACUUGAAAUGGAGGAGGAAAGCUGGGUGAAAUACUCACUUGGUGUAUAUAACCUCUGUAUAUUAUGUGCAUAUGGAAUGAAUGGAACCGAAGAACGGACGGAUGAUGUGGAAACAAUGGAUCUCUUUGACAAAGUGAACAGUUCCAAUUCCUAAACAAUAGCGUGGACAGCUGUGUGGAGUUGUCUACAGAUGACGUCUUGUCCUGAUCAGCUGGUUGACAGAGGUUAACCUGUUUGGUCAUGUCGACAAGGGGAGAAAUUGGAUCAAGUCCCUGGUUUGAAUCUCAUCACAGGACUUGGGAAAUGCUGCUGCUGCUGCAACUGUUUGUUGUAUCCCAGUGGCUUCCCUACAUGGACGUGACUGGCGUCAUGGUUCUCAUCAAACUAACAGUACAAGAUCUCAGUAUCAGUGUUCUUUAUGAAAGUAUUCAAAUAAUUAUUAGUAUAUUUUUAGAAGAGUAAAUUGAGGUUGUAGGUCUGAGAGCAUUUCUAUUUUAAUUGCUUAAUUUAUACACAUGAUAAAUAAACAUGACAAUCACUUCAGCUUGUAAAAUCAGAAUCAACUACAUAUAACUUUGCCAUUUUAUAAUCAUUACCUUCAUCAAUGUGUUAUUUAUGAUAAUAAACCGGUUCAAUCAGUAUGUAUCAGAAUAAGUGCUGGAUAAGUGAUGAGUAAGUGUAAAGUCAUUGGAUAAGUGUUCAUUCUUUGAUAAAGUCGUGAAUGUUUUGUGUACAACUCCAUGGUUUCGCUUAUUUUGCCAUAGUUUCUUAUUUUGAGUGUGAGUGGAGGUUGAAGCCUGACAUUUCAACAUAAUGUACAUAUGUGAAAGUUGAUUAUAUAUCUUUGUGCAAUAAGAGGAAAAUGGCCAGUAUGAAUGUAGAGAACAGUGCUGUGAUGUAGACAAUGCUGGGCAAUGUCUUGUUAUAACUCGGGCAAACCCAGAGUUAGGGAUAUUUAACCCAGGAUGGGGUAUAUUAACCAAGAUGGGGUAUAUGUAACACGAUGUGGGGUAUAUUUAACCCAGGGUGGGUUAUAUUUAGCCAGGGUGGGUUAUAUUCAACCCAGGGUGGGGUAUAUUCAACUGGAUUAGGGCAUAUUCAACCAAGAUGGGGUAUAUUCAACAAGGAUGGGGUAUAGUCAACUGGGGUAGGGUAUAUUCAACCCUGGGUGGGGUAUAUUCAGGCAAAACCGAGACAGUUCAUGGAUGUCUUUAUAUCAUUUGGGAUGCCAGAAUAUGUCUGCUCAUGUUUGUAUGAAAGAAAGUCUUUUGUUUUCUGUGAAGCCAGUCCAUAUAAGUUUGCAUAUGGGCCAAGCAUGUUGUUUAUACACACAAGGGAGGUAACCCAUAUCACAAUGGCGAUACAUCUUUUAAUGACAAUCACAGGCAAUCAAUAACAUCUCCUAUACCAAGCUUACAGGAAAGGCUAUAAUGAAAUUCUGUACAUUCACAAACCAGAAACAUACGAAAUCUUCAGAAGUUGACUGAAAAGGCUUGACCUACGCUCUGUAUGGUAUCACACAGCUGGGUGUUGUUUGUCAGUGAUGAGAUACUGAGGAACAUGAUACAGUCCUCCAUUAGAAUUCAGAAAUGAAGAAGUUAAUCAAGAAUAUGGCUCACCUGAACAUAAUUACCCCUUAGGCCAAAAACCAUAUGUCCGUUUCCUAUUACAUGCUUUUUAAAAAUAGGGUAGGUGGGUCGAUUUUAUCUUCUAUUUUUCUAACUUUUUAAAAAAGUGUUUUAGUAGCACCAGGUGGGCACCUGAGAAUAUCUUCAAGGAUACCAUAUCAUGUUGUUACAAUGCCUUGUGAUGAAACUUUGAAAGAUUUCUACAUCAAAUCAUUGUUUGGAUUAUUUAUUUGCAGGUUUUGUCAGUGAGAGCCCAUUAUACCAAUUCAAUGCAACCCAUUUUAGCCCUACUUACACUGAAAAACAUGAAAAUAUCAUACUUGAUUCUGAUGAAAAUGUUGAGUUGAUGAAAUGCACUCCAGUCAUGUUUUUGACUUGGAUGAAAAAACAUUUAGGGUUGGGGGUGGGGGUUUAGGAUAGGGUCGGUUGGUUAUCUGGAAAUGGACAUAUUUUUUUAAGGGGCCUUAGAUCAUAUUUUCUGGCGUGUAUACAUAUUUGUUGGUUAAGAAAUGUUGUAAAUAUUUUGAGAAUGUAUAAGUAUUUUCGUCAGAGUGUGUGUGAAAACUGGAAAACUGCUGCUGAUGCCCAAAGCAAUAUUCACGAGCUCACUGUGGGAGAUGUGCUUCGUGAUGUCCUGUAUUGCUUCAUUGUUUGGAAUAACAGGUCAAGUCUGUGACGUCAUCCAUCAUUCAUGACAUCACAAACUGAUAACACUGAAUCAGUUGAACAUUGGGUGGACAUCAGUAAAGUCUUUUUGAUUUUCUUUAUAAAAUUCUGAAAUUUACAUGUUAUGUGUCAGUGUGAAGACAUGCUGAAUGUCACUUUGCAAAGGCUUUUGACAGACAUCAUUCUGUCACUUGAGAAAAGUUUCGGUCACGGCCUUGAAUUAUAGAACUGACUUGGAAAUAAUAAUAAUGAUUUUGUUCCUGACGACAUCAUGUAAUAAGAGAUUAAUCCACUUCUCAAUCUGUUGUUAAACUGUCUUCAUAAAUAUAUUGAAGGCACAUUUGGGUCCAGUUCAACUCAGUUUUGAUCAGUAUGACCAUUGUCUUAGGAACGUCAUGAAAAUGCUCAAAGUUUGGUCAUAAGUUGAAAAUUACAUUAGCUUAUCCCUAAAUGCAUACAACUGAUUGGUUUUGCUCUAAUUACGGGUCCAAAGACCAUCAGGAUCAUAUGUCUUAAACAGGGUGCCGUUGUACAAAACAACCUUAGCGUUAUGACUACCUUAAGUCUAUGUUAAGGUAUGGGAGUUACGGUCUCAUUAGCACUAACAUGGCUUUGUACAAUGGCACCAUGGUGUAUAAAGUGCUAGCAGUCCUCCAACUUCCAUGCAUGAUGGCAUCACUGAGAAUUCUAAGAGAACACAUCCCUAUAAGUUUGUAUUAGAAAUGAUGAAAGCAAGCGCUUUGAAAUCCAUACUUAAGACAAUCAUUACCAAUGCCAUGCAGUCAGUGUGUGUUAUGUUAUUGUAUUUGCCAUGUAUAUUAUUUAACUUGGUAUCAGAUACCAUGUGGUUUGCUUGGUAGGUAAACACACUGUUUAAGUUGAAUAUCAAAGAUUACUGGUACUCUCUGACCAGAAUAAAAGCGAAAAUUAUUGUCCAUUAUGUAUAUUUACAGUGACAAGAAAAUUGUAAGGGAGAGAACUUAUGGUUGUCAGGUUGUCUAUUUUGGGGAACACAAUGUCAAUUAUGACCUGAUGAGAAAGUAAGCAUAUACUCUGAACUGUCGUACUGGUCAUAUCAAAGAAGCUGACAUUUGUAAAUUCUCUCCCAUAUGUGGAUCAUAUCUAAACGCCAUUCAAAGCAGAGAAAAUUGUAACUAUUGGCAAGAUUUUACCUUACAUUAUGUAUAAGUUAUUUUGUUUCAUUUUUUAGAAUUAGGAUUAAAGUGAAGUCUACGUGUCUAUUAUAACAACUGAAAUAUUUUAAGGAAAAGAUUUAUAAUUAUCUAAAAACAAGUAAUUCGUUCUGCCUUUACAGCUGGAUGUAAAUAACUAUAAUGUAUAUUAUUCUGAAAUGAGUUUUACAAAAUAGUUGUAUUAAUGAUGUAUUUAUUUAUAUAUUUGCCAGUAUUUUGUGUCAUGAAAUACGUGUAUUUGUUUAUCAGGGAUCAUGGCAUUAUAAAAACAACAUUUGUUGACUGGUUACAAGCUUCAUGUUUAUAUUGCUGUAAAAUGAAAGAAAACAAGAAAAGAAUAAAAAUUUGCAAAUAUA